AUGACCUUCUCUUUUAGCGUUAUCUCGACCACAGGGCAGCGGAUCUCGAUCUCUGUACUCGGUCCGGAUAACACCGUAGGUGACAUUAAGGCGAAACUUGAGGAGACGGAAGGCAUUCCGCAGAAGAUGAUCAUGCUGGUGCACUCUGGUCGAAAACUGGAAGACAACGCAACCCUGGAGGAGUGCAACAUACACGCUGGCGUCACAAUCAAUAUGGUGCUGGCUCUGCGUGCAGGUCGCUGA